UGACGGAAAACGGCGCACACUGUCGCAAGGUGUCACUUGUGUCGGGUCAAUUUCUUAUUCGUCGCCUCCAUCGUGUUGAAUUUGCAAGGAAGAGGUCUGCUAGCGAUCUCGGUUUGACAAUCGCUACCGGUCCAACAUACAUYGUCCGAGCGUGUCACGAAACAGGAGGGAUUCUGGUGUUCAAAGUGGACACCAUUUUACGAUAGUCAAUGUAUCUGACUUCAAGGAUAGUCUGAUCCAAAUCGGCUAAUAACAGUGCCAUUCACGUUGUGGAUGGGUGUGCGAUAGCAAACUAACGUUACUGUAUAACUCCAAAAGAGGGGCAGAGCCUCAUCUAUGAAGAUGGACAUUGCAGACGAAGGGGAUAUAUGUCGCGUGUGUCGUUCAGAGGGGACCCCAGACAAACCGUUGUACCACCCCUGUGUCUGCACUGGCAGCAUCAAGUUCAUCCACCAGGAAUGUUUGGUCCAGUGGRUGAAGCACAGCAGGAAGGAGUACUGUGAAUUAUGCAAGCACAGAUUUGCUUUCACACCAAUCUACUCCCCAGACAUGCCCCCCCGGCUGCCCAUCCAGGACAUCUGUGCUGGCCUGCUGACCAGUGUGGGCACGGCCAUACGAUACUGGUUUCACUACACACUGGUGGCCUUCGCAUGGCUGGGGGUGGUCCCCCUCACUGCAUGUCGAAUCUACAAGUGUCUGUUUACCGGCUCUGUGACCUCGCUCCUGACGCUGCCUUUGGACAUGCUCUCCACAGAUAACCUGCUGGCAGACUGUCUGCAGGGCUGUUUCGUGGUGACGUGUACACUGUGUGCGUUCAUCAGUCUGGUGUGGCUCAGGGAGCAGAUAGUCCAUGGAGGUCCUCCCCUGUGGCUGGAGCACCACCAGCAGCCCCAGCCCAAUGCAGCCGGACAACAGCCCAACGAGGCUGCCGGUCAAGGAGCAGCUGAUGAACCCCCUGCCCCUGCCAACCCCCCAGCUCACGAGGCAGAGCCAGAGCCCCCGGACGGCCCCCCAGAACAGGGGGAGGAGCCAGAACUAGACAACGAGGAAGAGGAGGGGGCGGCUGCCGAAGAUGUGGAUGCCAACAACGGGGCUCAGGAUGAUAUGAACUGGAAUGCUCUAGAAUGGGACAGAGCAGCAGAGGAGCUCACGUGGGAGAGGAUGCUUGGACUCGAUGGCUCCUUGGUGUUCUUAGAGCAUGUGUURUGGGUUGUGUCUCUGAACACUCUCUUCAUCCUGGUCUUCGCGUUCUGUCCAUACCACAUUGGCCACUUCUCUGUCAUGGGCCUUGGCUUUGAGGAAUAUGUCCAAGCCUCCCAAUUCGAGGGRCUGAUCACAACCAUCGUAGGGUACAUCCUGCUGGCCAUGACGCUCAUCCUCUGUCACGGGUUCGCUGCUCUGGUCAGGUUCCAGCGGUCCCGCCGUCUACUAGGGGUCUGCUACAUCGUUGUCAAGGUCUCACUGCUUGUUGUCGUGGAGAUAGGAGUUUUCCCCCUCAUCUGUGGCUGGUGGCUCGACAUCUGCUCUUUAGAGAUGUUCGAUGCGUCUCUGAAGGACAGAGAGCUGAGUUUUAAGUCUGCUCCAGGCACCACCAUGUUCCUGCACUGGCUGGUGGGAAUGGUCUACGUCUUCUAUUUCGCAUCCUUCAUCCUCCUACUGAGAGAGGUGCUGAGGCCUGGGGUCCUGUGGUUUCUGAGAAACUUGAACGAUCCAGACUUCAACCCCAGUCCAGGAGAUGAUCCACCUACCUAUCUACAGACACCUCGCAGGUUCAUCCUGUCUGUGGUGGUGUUUGGCUCUAUCGUUCUCCUGAUGUUGUGGCUGCCCAUCAGGAUGAUCAAGCUCCUCCUCCCUGCCUUCCUGCCCUACAACGUCAUGCUUUACAG